AUGACGGAUCAACAUCAUGAAAAGGAAGAACACGAUCGACACGACGAAGAGGAAGUUACCUUCCCGGAAAAUAGCAUGGACAUUUCCGACCAAAUUGGAAGGGCGUUGGAGAAAUACACUCCACUUUUACUUAAAAGGCUAAACCAAACAAUGGAAGGGGCUAUGAAUGAUCAUAUAGCCCAGAUGAUUAGAGAGGAGGUGGCUUUAAAUGUUCAAUGGGAAUUUGAAAAGAGAUGGAAAAGGGAAGGAUGGGUGUCGGAGAUUGAAGGGUCUUUUCGCACCAGUCAAUUCCCUGAAGAUCUUAAAGUGGUGUAUGCUGUGAGCAUGUUGAGGGAUAAAGCAAAGAGAUGGUGGGACAAUUUAUUGAUGGUGAAGAAGGGAGCACUUGAUAACGUGGAUUGGUCUGAGUUCAAGGCCAUGUUCUAUAAAAAGUUUAGAUCAGAGGCGGAGGUGACUAGGUUGAGGAGUGAAUUCCUCAAUGAUUCUCAAGGAACCCUUAGUUUGACGGAGUUUCGUGCCCAAUUUCUUGAUAAAGCACAAUUCUGUCCCGAGUUCUUAGAGAAUGAGCAAUUGAUGAAGGAGCAGUUUUAUAUGAAGUUGAAGAAGAGUUUGAGGGAGAGGAUUAGUUUAUGUCAAAUGGAGUCUUUCUCCAUGUUGUGUGAUGUGGCUCGAGAUUACGAGAUCGAGCAAACUAGAGUUGAUGAGAAUGAAGUGAAGAGAAAGUAUGAUGGGGAUAAUUCACAGAAUAAAAGGUUUAAACAAGAUGGUGCUUCCGGUAGUAAUGCCUUUAGAAGAAAUACCCCCUUUUGCAAAACUUGCAAGAGAAAUCAUCAUGGCUCGUGUAGGGAGAAAGCUUGUUACAACUGUGGGAAGACAGGCCAUGUGAGUCGAGAUUGUAGGUCGAAGCCCCAUAACCCCCUCAUUUGCUUUAAGUGUUUUGAAGAGGGACAUAUGAAGAGCUCGUGCCCUAAGCUAACCGAAGAAGAGAGACAAGAAGACCGGAGGAGAGAAGCAGAAAGAAGGAAUACAUUGGCACACGGUACCUUUCUUAUGUAUAAUGUGCCUAUGCGAAUUCUUUUUGACUCCGGAGCAAAUAGAUCAUUAGUUGCAACUAGGAUGAUUCAUGUUAUUCCUAUGUCUAAAUCGAGUCUAGAUCAUACCUUACAAGUUGAGGUCGGGAAUGGGAGGACGGAGAUAGUAAGAGAUGUGUAUAAAAAUUGUGAAAUAAAAAUUGUUACGGAAUUCUUCCAAGCUAACUUAAUUCCCUUCCCAAUGGGAGAAUUUGAUGUAAUUUUGGGUAUGGAUUGGUUGAGCUCUUGUAAUGCCAAGAUAGCGUGUGACGAAAAGGCGGUUUAUUUGAAAACCUCUAAAGGUGAAGACUUGAUAGUAUAUGGUGAUAGAAAUGGGUGUCCUAUACCCGUUUGUACUUUUGCUCGUGCCCGACGUUAUUUGUCUCAUGGAUAUCAUGCAUAUCUUGCUCACAUCGUUGAUGUCAAGAAGAAAUCUCUAUCUAUUGAAGACAUCCCUAUAGUUCGUGAUUUUUCCAAUGUUUUUCCCGACAACUUGCUGGGUGUUCCUCCCAAGCGGCAAGUUGAGUUUUCUAUUGAUCUUGUUCCGGGGGCUAACCCCAUUGCUAAGGCUCCCUAUCAAUUGGCACCAACGGAGAUGCAAGAAAUGAUGAAGCAACUCUAA